UCCCGCCGAGGCCGCAUGCCCGGUGCCGCCGGCCCCAUUGGCCCCCGCAGUCACAUGGCGGGCGGCGGCGGGGCCGCCGCUCCUCCCUCCCUCCAUCCCUCCGGUCCUCCCUCCCUCGGCCGGGCCAGCGCUGGGAGCGGCCGCGAUCGCACCAUGAGCACCCUCAAGGUCUACAGCACCUCGGUGACCGGCUCCCGGGAGAUCAAAUCCCAACAGAGCGAGGUAACCCGAAUCCUUGACGGGAAGAACAUCAAGUACGAGCUGGUGGAUAUCUCCCAGGACAACGCUCUCCGGGAGGAGAUGAGGGCCAAGGCGGGCAACCCCAAAGCCAUCCCACCCCAGAUCGUCAACGGGGACCAGUACUGCGGGGAUUACGAGCUCUUCGUGGAGGCUGUGGAGCAAAACACUCUGCAGGAGUUCCUGAAGUUGGCCUGAGCCCUGCUUCCCCUCCCAUCCUGGACUCUGCCCUCAUUCCUGAGCGCCCUCAUCUCCGACCACCCUCACCUCCAGGGUGUCAGCGCUGUCCUGGCACCACGGGGAAAAACCCAUGACCAAAACUCCUCAUUGCAGCUGCCUCCGACUCCCUCCUGCCUAACCCCGGCGUCGUCUUCAUCUCAGAGGGAUCCAAAGAAAGUGUGACGCUCGCCGCUUGGCCUGUGAGCAGAGCUGGGCCUGGCUCACGGCAGCUUCCAGUGCCUCUGUAAACAGCAAAGCCUCCGGGGCUGUGCGAGGUGAUCCUGGCCCUCAGCCCCCUCCUCUGCCUCGCCAGGGAAGGGCUUAGGGCUGCGUGCUACUUCCCACUUCUCCCAGUUGCUGUUAAAAUUGUAAAUUCUGCUGCCUCACUUCCUUUUUCUUUUUUUUUUUUGUCUUUUUCCCCUCCUCUUCAUCUCAACUGCAGAGAUUAUGGCAACUAAGUAAAGGGUUUGUUUUUUUGUUUGUCUUAAUUUAAUGCAAAAAUACUGCACAGAAUUUGGGUCUGAGUGCCCACCACGGUGGAGCUGGGGGCGAAGGCUGCCUGGGGGAAUGGGUGGGGCUGCAAGUGGGAUCUGUGCUGCUCUGGCUGCCCUCCACCCCAGCAGGCUCCCUGGUGAGCAUUAAUGGGCUGCCCCAGAGCAGCUGAUGCUCCAGCUGUUCCAUCUUUCCUCUUCGUGUUGGCUUUUUUGCAAUCCUGGACCAAGUGCAUUUUGUUUUCCUGCCAAAAAGCAAGUUUAUAACCAGUGUUGUCUUCCGAGAUGCUAUUAAAUGUUACUGUACCUUUCA